ACCGAUGCCGCCGCUCCUCACCUUCUACUCGCCGGCGCAGCUCCCAGCGCCGUCCAGUGCCCGGUUCAGGGUCGCGGCUUCCGCCAUCAUCGGUGCCACCGGCAAAGCCGCCAACGACUUCCCGCCAUUCCUGCCCAGCGCGGUCGAGCGCAUACGCGACGGCGCCGCCAUCCGCCUCGCCAAGCGAAUCGAGCGCGUGCCGGUCCAGACCUGCUUCUCCACGAGCCCGAUACUGAGCAGCUGCGUGAGGCCACUCAAUCAGCAGCAGAGCAGUGACCCGGUCGUGCUGCUCCAUGGCUUCGACAGUUCUUGUUUAGAGUGGAGGUACACCUACCGUUUGCUGGAGGAUGCUGGGUUGGAGGCUUGGGCCGUGGACGUUCUUGGAUGGGGCUUCUCUAAUUUAGAAACAAGGCCACCAUGUGAUAUUGUGUCUAAGCGUGAGCAUCUUUACCAGUUCUGGAGAUCCUACAUCAAGAGGCCUAUGGCACUAGUUGGAUCUAGCCUGGGUGCUGCUGUUGCCAUUGAUUUUGCAGUCAACUAUCCAGAAGCGGUAUCAAAAUUAAUCUUCAUUGGUGCAAGUGUAUAUGCUGAGGGCACAAGAGAUAUGACCGGAGUGCCAAAAUUUGUCCCAUAUGCGGGGGUCUUUGUACUGAAGAGUCUUCCUCUGAGAAUGUUGGCUACACACUUGACGUUUAAUAAAACUCCAGAUGAAUUAUUUGACUGGGUCCAGAUUGGCCGUCUACACUGCCUACUUCCAUGGUGGGAAGAUGCUACUGUUAAUUUUAUGAUGACUGGUGGUUACAAUGUCGUAAACCAAAUAAAACAGGUAAAGCAAAAAUGCCUGGUCUUAUGGGGAGAGGAUGAUGGAAUAAUUUGCAACAAACAAGCAUUCGUAAGUUACCUGCGGUUACAGCAGGAACUCCCGAGCUCAAUUUUAAGACAGGUAACGCAGUGCGGCCACAUUCCGCAUCUAGAGAAGCCGAGGGAAGCGGCAAAACACAUGCUUGACUUCCUCCGAAGCGAUAACCCGGAGAAGGUGGGGCGGGCUUCUUCGCUGUCCUCAACUUAUCGACACUAAGGACAAGUGAACAGGAGCAGACCCCUUACUCCCUUAGGCUACCGUACGUGCAGCACGAGGUGUACGUGAGCGUACAUGGCACACUCAUGUUUACGCCCCUCCUGCAAUCUCCUUGACUUAGGCAAAUCCCUUUUAGUAAGCCUGGAAGAUAUCCCCAGCCACAUCCUGAUCAGCUGGGAGCAGCCGAGUUGAUCAACAUGCUGAGCAAAGGGUUAGCCGUGGCCGCGGGGAUGGAAAAGGCCGCACUGUGGAACUCGAACAGCAGAGGCAGAAACUCUGCUAUCCUCUUCUUUAGGUUGCUGGUCUUUAAUUAGCACUCGAAAAAUGUACGUAUGUAUCGACUAUAAGCUGGCCUCGUUCUUGUACUAUAUGUUGAAUAUU